AUGAUUACAAAACGAGUUUCAUUUCAACGAGGCAAAAUAUGCAAAGGAUAUAUUGGUAUUCCGAUUCCACUUGAUUUUUUUGUCCAUGUCAAACGAACAUUUUCUGCAGUGAUAUUCGCCGUCUCUGCAGAUGAAUUAUUAGAGAUUGCUAGUCAGUUGUUUACAUUAAGCGGUUCACCGAAAAAUGAAGGCGUUAUUGUAACAUAUCUUCGUCUAAUAUUCAAAAUUCUCGUCAUUGGUUUUCGUCGUUAUCCAACUUUAGCUGCUGUUUACAUUGAUACAGCAUUCAGUUUGAUGUGUGCUUCUUUGUAUACAUGGUUAGAUUUCAGCAUUACUAUUGUCGAUACUGGUUUAUGUCGUAAUGAAUUUUAUCCAACUGACAAAAACUAUAAUCAAACGCGCGGCUCUCAAAUUAUCCGAUUUUUGAAAUAUUAUGGUACAGGAUCGAAAUUGUUAUUCUUUCAACUUCUUAUGGAUAUUCCUCGUUAUUUGUUUUUGUCCUAUAUUACUGUUAAACUAUUCUCAUUACUUAUCAAACGAAUUCGAUUUAGAAAGAUCGACAAUAAACGAUUACCACGCGAACAAUAUAAUCUUCUUUUUUCAUCGUUGCCAAAUUCAGUCGAAUCACGUUAUGUGAAAAAUCUUCUGGGAAUGAGAAAUAGAAAUAAAUCAAUGAAUCGUUUUGCGAAACUAUUUCCAUUUAUUUAUGUAUGGCGAGAUGAUUUUCGAUUUUCAUCACGUAUUGUCUCGAUUUAUGCAGCCAUUUCAUUGUUACUUUUCUUUAUUACUGUACAAGCAUUGGUUCGAAUUCCUCCGGUACUGAUACCACUUCGUUCACCUAUCCAAUGGGGAGUCAAUGUUAUUGUCGUACAAUUGUUACAAGAUGAUCCAUAUUUACAAACUGACAAAGAUAAAUCAUCAAAUUUUCGUCUGCCUCAUUUUUAUCGACCAAGUAAUAUCGGUGGAAUAAUAUACAUGUGUCGACUUGAUUAUUCACCACUCGGUCGAAAAUUAGAAACUACUGACUCAGGUUUUAGAGCUUAUUGUGGAUUUAUUAAUGUAGAAUGUGCUCAUCGUCAUCCUAUUCUCUUAUGUUUUAUCAGUCAUCUUCUUCGAGAUCAUCUUUAUAAAAAAUCAUCUAAACAUUGGUCGAAAGCACGACAUAAAUGGAUAUUAGCUGUUUUUCUUUUGAAUAAUCCAAAAUUAGCUAUUCUACGUAAACAAUAUCUAAAUCGGUCAAAACAAAGUGAGAUGCAAAUUGAUUCAAUUGAAAUAAUAAAUGAGACGUCACUAUCGACCGUACAUCACCAAUCGGGUGUAGAUUUACAAUUCGAAUUGGAUAAAACAGUAGUGAAAGAACGAUUCUAA